AAGCCAGAUCGUGAUGAGUGGGGCAAUGGACUGGAGGCCAUGCAGUGUGCACUGCAGCUGGAGAAAAAUGUGAACCAGGCCCUGCGGGACCUGCACAAGAUUGCCUUUGUCAAGGUCGACCCCCAUCUGUGUUACUUCCUGGAGUCCCAUUACCUGAAUGAGCAGGUGGAGGCCAUUAAGAAGCUGGGUGACCACAUCACCAACCUCACCAAGAUGGAUGCUGUCAACAACAAGAUGGCCUGUUUGACAGAUUUGCGAGGGAAGGUAUCUUGUGAAAUGAUCACAGAAGUUGUUGCUUUUGAGUAA